CUCACCAGACAGUGGUCAAGCACCCUGAAGGAGCAGUUGGGAACUUCAGUAUUUAAAUAUCAGAAGGCAUACAGAAGAACUAGGGCAAUGGAUACUGAGGAAUUGUUGAAAUUCAGAGAUGUGUCUAUAGAAUUCUCUAUGGAUGAGUGGGAUUGCCUGGACCCUGCUCAGCAGAAUUUGUAUCGGGAUGUCAUGUUAGAGACCUACAGACACCUGGUCUUCCUUGGGCUUGCUGUUUCUAAGCCAGAGCUCAUCACCUGUCUGGAGCAAAGGAAAGAACCUUGGAAAGUGAAGACUCACCAGACAGUGGUCAAGCACCCUGUUAUGUUUAAUCAUUCUACCCAGAGCAAUUUGCAAGUGCUCGGCAUGAAUAUGUUAUUACCAGAGAUAAUCCUGAGAAGAUACGAAAAUGAUACCCCUGAAAAUUUAAACUCAAUAAAAGACUGGGAUAGGGUGUGUGAGUAUAAGCAGCAGAAACUGUGUUACAAUGGACUAGAUGAAUGUUUAACAGCUACACAUGGUAAAAUCUACCAAUGGAGUAAAUGUUUCAAAGUUUUCAGAAAAUUAUCAAAUGUAAAUAGACAUAAGAUAAUAUGUACCGGGGAAAUAAGAUUUGAGUGUAAAAAAUAUGAGAAAGCCUUAAACAUAUGCUCAAACAUUGAUAAACAUAAGAUAACCCAUAAGAUAACUGCUUUUGUGGAAAAGCAGUGCAAAUGUAAAGAAUGUUGCAAAGUCUUUAUAUCUUGCUCAAGACUGUCUAAGCACAGGGAAAUUCAUACUGCAAAGAAUAUCUCCCAUUGUGAGAAUGAUGACAAGUGUCUUAGCCACAGCUCAAGAUAUUCUUACUAUAUGACAAUUUAUAACGUAGAGAAACCCUACACAUGUAAAGAAUGUGACAAAGCCUUCAACAAUUAUUCAAACCUUUUUGUACAUCAAAGAAUUCAUUCUGGAGAGAAACCCUACAAAUGUGAAGAAUGCGGAAAAGCCUUUAACAAUUCCUCAACUCGUUCUGUACAUAGAAGAAUUCAUUCUGGAGAAAAACCCUACAAAUGUGAAGAAUGUGGAAAAGCCUUUAAAGAUUCCUCAACCCUUUCUGUACAGAAAAGAAUUCAUUCUGGAGAGAAACCCUACAAAUGUGUAGAAUGUGGAAAAACCUUUAACCAGUACUCACAUCUUUCUGUACAUAAAAGAAUUCAUUCUGGAGAGAAACCCUACAUAUGUCAAGAAUGUGGCAAAGGCUUUAAACAUUCCUCAAACCUUUCUGUACAUAAAAGAAUUCAUACUGGAGAGAAACCCUACAAAUGUCAAGAAUGUGGCAAAGGCUUUAAACAUUCCUCAAACCUUUCUGUACAUAAAAGAAUUCAUUCUGGAGAGAAACCCUACAAAUGUGAAGAAUGUGGAAAAGCCUUCAACCGGUACUCACACUUUUCUGUACAUAAAAGAAUUCAUUCUGGAGAGAAACCCUACAAAUGUGAAGAAUGUGGAAAAGCCUUCAACCGGUACUCACACUUUUCUGUACAUAAAAGAAUUCAUUCUGGAGAGAAACCCUACAAAUGUUUAGAAUGUGGAAAAACCAUUAACCAGUACUCACAUCUUUCUGUACAUAAAAGAAUUCAUUCUGGAGAGAAACCCUACAAAUGUCAAGAAUGUGGCAAAGGCUUUAAACAUUCCUCAAACCUUUCUGUACAUAAAAGAAUUCAUUCUGGAGAGAAACCCUACAAAUGUGAAGAAUGUGGAAAAGCCUUUAAAGAUUCCUCAACCCUUUCUGUACAUAAAAGAAUUCAUUCUGCAGAGAAAACUUACAAAUGUGAAGAAUGUGGAAAAGCCUUCAACCGGUACUCACACUUUUCUGUACAUAAAAGAAUUCAUUCUGGAGAGAAACCCUACAAAUGUGAAGAAUGUGGAAAAGCCUUUAACCGGUACUCACACCUUUCUGUACAUAAAAGAAUUCAUUCUGGAGAGAAACCCUUCAAAUGUGAAGAAUGUGGAAAAGCCUUUAAAGAUUCCUCAACCCUUUCUGUACAUAAAAGAAUUCAUUCUGGAGAGAAAUCCUUCAAAUGUGAAGAAUGUGGCAAAGGCUUUAAACAUUCCUCAACCCUUUCUGUACAUAAAAGAAUUCAUUCUGGAGAGAAAUCCUACAAAUGUCAAGAAUGUGGCAAAGCCUUUAACCGGUACUCAAACCUUUCUGUACAUAAAAGAAUUCAUUCUGGAAAGAAACCCUGCAAAUGUGAAGAGUGCGGAAAAGCCUUUAACCGGUAUUCAACCCUUUCUAUACACAAAAUAAUUCAUUCAGGGGAGAAACCCUACAAAUGUGAAGAAUGUGGCAAAGCCUUUAACCAGUACUCACAAAACCCCUACAACUGUGAAGACAGUGUCGAAUCUUAUAACCAGUAUUCACACAUUUCAGUACAUAACAAAAUUCAUAGAGAUAUUCUACAUAUGUGA